CCCUUCUCUGACACUCAUACCACCACUUCCAACAGGAAGAGACACAAACGCAGCACUCUCUAAAGAAGAGAACUACACUCACUGAAAAAUGGACCCUUGCGAAUGCUCCAAGACUGGAACCUGCAACUGCGGAGGAUCCUGCACUUGCACAAACUGCUCCUGCACCUCUUGCAAAAAGAGCUGCUGCUCAUGCUGCCCAUCCGGCUGUAGCAAAUGCGCCUCUGGCUGCGUGUGCAAAGGAAAGACAUGUGACACCAGCUGCUGUCAGUGAUGGGUCCGCAUCGUCAGCCUUCUCUGUCCAUGUGAUGGAGCCUGUGUGAACGACUGUGUAUUUGAUUACAGCUGCAAUGAUUAAGAAUGUCUUUUGUACUUGUCUUUCAAUGUUGAAAUAAACUUCUUUCCUUUAAUGAA